UUUGCCGUCGCUCCGCCUCCACAACAGCGCGAGAGACUUGGCUAUUAUUAGGGGCGGGGCCAAGUUUUGCCCUAUUGGGGCGGGGAAACGGAAAGAGCUGCGAGUCGGUGAUAGGGCUUCUCUUCAGGGGCGUGGCAUAUGGAUCCUAGCUUUCCCGCCGACGGUUGGCCGUGUCACAUGACGUGGGUUGGAAGAUGGCGUCUCCCACGGAUGGAACAGAUCUGGAAGCUUCUCUGCUAAGUUUUGAAAAACUUGACCGUGCCUCACCAGAUCUUUGGCCAGAACAAUUACCAGGUGUUGCUGAAUUUGCAGCUUCCUUCAAAAGUCCUAUUACUAGCUCUCCACCCAAAUGGAUGGCUGAGAUAGAACGUGAUGAUAUCGACAUGUUAAAAGAACUGGGGAGCCUCACCACAGCUAAUUUGAUGGAGAAGGUACGAGGCCUACAGAACUUGGCCUAUCAGCUGGGGCUGGAUGAACAGUCUCAAGCUGUCACCCUGGGUAGAGUGCCAUGGUGUCACAGCUCACAGCAACCUCCAACUCUUGGGCUUAAGCAAUUCUUUUGCCUCAGCCUCCCAAGUAGUUGGGACUACAGGUGCCCACCACAAUGCCCGGCUAUUUUUUGUUGCAGUUGUCAUUGUUGUUUUAGCUGGCCUGGGCUGGGUUUGAACCUGCUAACUUCGUUGUAUGUGGCUGGCACUGUAAGCACUAUGCUACAGGCACCGAGCCCAACAUUAUUCUUUUUUAAGAUUGUUUUAGCUAUUCUGGGUUGCCUUAAUUCCUGUAGGAAUUUUAGCUUAUUAAUUGCAGCAAAGUCAGCUGGGGUUUUGAUAGGGAUUGCAUUGAAUAUGUAGAUCAGUUUCAGGAGUGCUGUCAUCUUAAUAUUAUUAAGAUGAUGCAUGAACAUGGUUUUUCUUUCCAUUUUUUUAGGUCUUCUUUAAUUUCCUAAAUUAAAGAAAUGAAGUAUAACAUCAAUAAUGUUUUACAGUUUGCAAAGUAUUAUACUUUGCUUAUUAAAUUUAUUCCUAAGUACUUUAUUCUUUUUUGAUGCUAUUAGAAAUGGAACUAUUUUAUUAAUUUCAUUUCCAGUUUUCUCAUUGAUACUAUUGAAAAAUAUAAUUAAUAUUUUAUAUUGAUCUUAUAUUCUGCAAUUUUACUGAACUUAAUUAUGAAUUCUAACAAUGCUUUAGUGGAUUAUUCACAAUUUCCUAGACCAGACAGUCACGCCUAUAAUCCUAGCACUUUGGGAGGGCAAGGCAGGAAGCUCUCUUGAGGCCAGGAGCUUGGGACCAGCCUGAACAAGCAAGACCCUGUCUUUACAAAAAAAAUAGAAAAAUUACCCAAGUGUAAUUACAAUGUACAAUGUAGUCCCAGCUACUUGGGAGGCUGAGGCAGGAGGAUCGCUUGACCCUAGAGUUUGAGGUUGCAAUGAGCUGUGAUGAUGAUGUCACUGCACUCUAACUUGGGCUACACAGUGAGCCCUGUCUCAAAAAAAAAAAAAGCAAACAUACAGCGUUCAAUAUACAGAAUCAUUAUUUGCAAAUAGAAAUAGUUUAACUUCUCCAUUUUUAAUUUGUAUGCCUUUUAUUUCAUUUUCUUGCCUUAUUGCCCUGGCUAAAAAUUCCAGUACAAUAUUGAAUAGAAGUGGUAAAAGUAAACAUCUUUGGGCCAGGCACAGUGGCUUGUUUGUGCCUGUCUGUAAUCCUAGCACUCUGGGAGGCCAAGAUGGGGUGGGUCCCUUCUUAGCUCAGGAGUUUGAGACCAGCCUAAGCAAGAGUGAGAUCCCAUCUCUACUAAAAAUAGAAGUCCCAGCUACUCGGGGAGGUAGAGGCAAGAGGAUCACUUGAACCCAAGAGUUUGAGGUUGCUGUGAGCUAUGACACCAUGGCACUCUACCCAGGUGAGAUUCUGUGUCAAUUGAAAAAGAAAAGGGGGUGGCGCCUGUGGCUCAGUGAGCAGGGCGCUGGCCCCAUAUACAGAGGGUGGCGGGUUCAAACCCAGCCCCGGCCAAACUGCAACCAAAAAAUAGCCGGGUGUUGUGGCAGGCGCCUGUAGUCCCAGCUACUCGGGAGGCUGAGGCAGGAGAAUCGCCUAAGCCCAGGAGUUGGCGGUUGCUGUGAGCUGUGUGAUGCCAUGGCACUCUACCGAGAGCGAUAAAGUAAAACUCUUGUCUCUACAAAAAAAAAAAAGAAAGAAAGAAAAGGAGUAGACAUCCUUGAUUUCUUCCUGAUGAAGAGGAAGCUAUGGGGUUUUUGUAGAUGCACUUUACUGUAAAUAAGGUCACACUGAUCAUAUUACCUGCUAUAAAAGCUUUCAGGAAUUGAGGUUACUUUUAUAUAAGUAGUUCCUUCUCCUAAUUAAUAGUCUAAUCUUGGAUGUUUAUUGAGCAGUUUUAGUGGGACCAUCAUUUGGCUAAAUUUAAUCAUUAACUGUUGUUUUUAAAGCAACAUUUUAUUGUAAAAAGAUUGAGAUUUUCCCAUUCAGACUUGAUGCUUCAUCCCAUUAAUCAACACUGAGGAAGUUGCCUGGUACAGACAGACUAUUUGGUACAACUUUCCUUGGUGGUAGUGCCAGAGAAAAACCUCAGUUUCUAAGCUGGCUUAUGGUAUAAUAGAUUUCUCUACCCUGUGGACAUGUGAUUUGAAAAAGUGGCCAUUUAUAUUUAAAAGUUGUUCCCCAUUCAGGUAAAAUUCUAGAUAAUAGCCCUAUUGACUUGUAAUUUUAAUCUGUGAAAGAGGAAAUGGGGAAAAUAACUGUCUCUUACACUCUGGAUAUAUUCGUGUGUGUGUGUGGCCUGACACGGGGCCAUAUAAAGCCUGUUUAACUCUCAUAGUUAAAUUAAUAACCCUUGACAGAUUGAGGAGAAAAAUCCUCCAGCUCUUAACCUCUAGAUGGCAGCAUGAGUCCUAAGAACUUCUAGCUUUUCCACUACCCAUAACUCUUAAGCUGGAUUUCUGAUUUACAUAAAUAAAAAUCUUAUGAUUUUACCAGACUUCUUGCCUAACUUUGUUGAUACCUUGCUCAAUUUUUAGCUUUUUGCUUUCCUUUUUAUCUCUCCGUCUUUUUUUAAAACACAUUUUCUUUUUUUAAGUAAUGUCUGUGUGAUGGAGUCUUAUUUUGUCACGUUCGGUAGAGUGCUGUUGCAUCAUAGCUCACAGCAACCUCAAACUCUUGGGCUCGAGUGAUUCUCUUGUCUCAGCCUCCUGUGUAGCUGGGACUACAGGCACCCACCACAACCCCUGGCUAUUUUUAGAGAUGGGGUCUUGUUUUGCUCAGGCUGGUCCUGAGCUCAAGCAAUCCACCUGCCUCAGCCUCCCAGAAUGUUAGGAUUCCAGGCAUGAGCCACCAUGCCCACCCACCAUGCCCAGCCUAGUAUAUAUUUGAUAAACAGAAUCCUUCAUUUCUUUAUUGUCAGAAAUAACAUUUUGCUUUUAAGGAGACUGGUAGAAAAAAUAUUCCAAAAAAAGUGAUUGUUAAAUGGAUAACACCUGUAUCUGAAUAUAAGACCCUCAAAAUGGGUACAGUUCUCUUAUCUCAGUCAUCUCCCUUACUGGUGGUGUAUCUUGUAUCCUUAAGCUCUAUUGGUAAUCAUGCGAUGUCAGGCAAUGCCAUAUUUAAUUAAAGC